AUGAUUAUAUUAUCGAUGAAAAUAUUCUCUCUAUUUCUUCUGUCCUUUGCAAGUUGCAUACAUGCGUCAUUAGUGCCUUUGUCACUGAGGACUGAUAAUACAAAUAAUAAUAUCCUUUCUCCUGCUACCACUUCCACGAUAACAUCCGGUAAUUCUUAUCAAAAAAUCAAUAAUUAUCACUAUAAAGAAGUGACAGUUACAAGUUACGAAACUGUGAAAUGCACAGAUCCAUCACAGUAUCUACCUCCAGGUGCCAUUUAUCAGACACGUGGUCCUGAUGGUACGUACACUAUUGUCACAUACAAAAGUAUUUGCUCCGUAGUUACUAGCCCUAUCACUGUUACAACCACAACCCACUACAAUGGCUGUGGCCCAAAUGUAUCUAAAACUUAUAACACUGUUACUGAUACCAUAUGCCACUCUGCUGACUGUACUAUUAUUGUCAAAUAUGAAGUAUGCGAAUCUACAAUGUCAAUUUCUAGUACGCCACCGCUAUCAACUGUCACCAUCACUAUGUAUGAAACUACUCGCUGUACAGAUCCAUUCAUGAGUCUACCUCCGGGAGCAAUUCAAUUCUCCAAGGGUGAUGACGGUGUAUUUACGGUAGUAACAUAUAAACCGGUAUGUUAUAUUAGUUCAACAACUACCACUUCUACUAUUUAUCAAACUUGCGGUCCCAGUAUGUCUGGAACGUUCAGUACUAGAACUUCCACGAAUUAUUAUGGUACAGAUCGUACUAUAAUAAUUAGAUAUAGCGUAUGCACCUCAACGACUUCAUCAUCCAGUGCUAUCAUUAUAACCACCCCUAAACCAUACACUAAGACCACUACCACUCAUUACAAUGGCUGUGGUCCAAGUGUUUCUAAAACCUAUAAUACUGUGACUGAUACGAUCUGCGAUGAUAAAAGAUGUACUGUUAUUGUCAAAUACGAAGUCUGUGAAUCGACUGCUGUCAGCAUACCUACAUCUUCGGACAUUGCUACCACGACAUACACCACUUCUGUACCAUCUGGUCCAAGCUCUGCUUCUAGUUCCUCAGCCUCUGUUCCAUCUGGUCCAAGCUCUGCUUCUAGUUCCUCAGCCUCUGUCCCAUCUGGUCCAAGCUCUGCUUCUAGUUCGUCAGUGUCUGCUCCUUCUUCGUCUGUAACUGUUCCAACCCAUCCUACAGCACCAUCUUCCUCCACCAGCUCUGUCAUUACAUCUCCUGGUUUGCCACACACUACUACCUACACUACUCACUACAACGGGUGUGGUCCAAGUGUUUCCAAGACAUUCAACACUGUCAUUGAAACUCACUGUUACCAAACAGACUGUACUGUUAUUGUCAAAUACGAAGUCUGUGAAUCGACUGCUGUCAGCACACCUACAUCUUCGGACAUUGCUACCACGACAUACACCACUUCUGUUCCAUCUGGUCCAAGCUCUGCUUCUAGUUCCUCAGCCUCUGUCCCAUCUAGUUCAAGCUCUACCUCAAUCUCUAGUUCUAGUUCAGUUCCAUCUACCAUCCCAUCUACUUCUGAUUCUAGUAUGAGUUCAUCUGCUUCCAGCUCUGGCUCUAGCUCUGCUUCCAGUUCUGCUUCCAGCUCUGCUUCCAGUUCUGGUUCUAGUUCAGUUCCAUCUACCAUCCCAUCUACUUCUGAUUCUAGUAUGAGUUCAUCUGCUUCCAGCUCUGGCUCUAGCUCUGCUUCCAGUUCUGCUUCCAGUUCUGCUUCCAGCUCUGCUUCCAGCUCUGGUUCUAGUUCAGUUCCAUCUACCAUCCCAUCUACUUCUGAUUCUAGUAUGAGUUCAUCUGCUUCCAGCUCUGGCUCUAGUUCAGUUCCAUAUACCAUCCCAUCUACUUCUGAUUCUAGUAUGAGUUCAUCUGCUUCCAGCUCUGGCUCUAGCUCUGCUUCCAGUUCUGCUUCCAGCUCUGCUUCCAGCUCUGGCUCUAGCUCUGCUUCCAGUUCUGCUUCCAGCUCUGCUUCCAGUUCUGGUUCUAGUUCAGUUCCAUCUACCAUCCCAUCUACUUCUGAUUCUAGUAUGAGUUCAUCUGCUUCCAGCUCUGGCUCUAGCUCUGCUUCCAGUUCUGCUUCCAGUUCUGCUUCCAGUUCUGCUUCCAGUUCUGGUUCUAGUUCAGUUCCAUCUACCAUCCCAUCUACUUCUGAUUCUAGUAUGAGUUCAUCUGCUUCCAGCUCUGGCUCUAGCUCUGCUUCCAGUUCUGCUUCCAGUUCUGCUUCCAGCUCUGCUUCCAGCUCUGGUUCUAGUUCAGUUCCAUCUACCAUCCCAUCUACUUCUGAUUCUAGUAUGAGUUCAUCUGCUUCCAGCUCUGGCUCUAGUUCAGUUCCAUAUACCAUCCCAUCUACUUCUGAUUCUAGUAUGAGUUCAUCUGCUUCCAGCUCUGGCUCUAGCUCUGCUUCCAGUUCUGCUUCCAGUUCUGCUUCCAGUUCUGCUUCCAGUUCUGGUUCUAGUUCAGUUCCAUCUACCAUCCCAUCUACUUCUGAUUCUAGUAUGAGUUCAUCUGCUUCCAGCUCUGGCUCUAGCUCUGCUUCCAGUUCUGCUUCCAGCUCUGCUUCCAGCUCUGGUUCUAGUUCAGUUCCAUCUACCAUCCCAUCUACUUCUGAUUCUAGUAUGAGUUCAUCUGCUUCCAGUUCUGCUUCCAGUUCUGCUUCCAGUUCUGCUUCCAGCUCUGCUUCCAGCUCUGGUUCUAGUUCAGUUCCAUCUACCAUCCCAUCUACUUCUGAUUCUAGUAUGAGUUCAUCUGCUUCCAGCUCUGGCUCUAGCUCUGCUUCCAGUUCUGCUUCCAGUUCUGCUUCCAGUUCUGCUUCCAGUUCUGGUUCUAGUUCAGUUCCAUCUACCAUCCCAUCUACUUCUGAUUCUAGUAUGAGUUCAUCUGCUUCCAGCUCUGGCUCUAGUUCUGGUUCUAGUUCAGUUCCAUCUACCAUCCCAUCUACUUCUGAUUCUAGUAUGAGUUCAUCUGCUUCCAGCUCUGGCUCUAGCUCUGCUUCCAGUUCUGCUUCCAGUUCUGCUUCCAGCUCUGGCUCUAGUUCAGUUCCAUCUACCAUCCCAUCUACUUCUGAUUCUAGUAUGAGUUCAUCUGCUUCUAGUUCGCUUUCUGGCUCUAGAUUUGCUCCAUAUACCACCUCAGUUUCUUCUCGUUCUAGUAGUUCAUCUGCUUCCAGGUUUGUCUCUAGUUCUGAUCUAUCUACCACCUCAGUUUCUUCUGGUUCUAGUGGUUUAUCGGGUUACAUGCGUGUGUCAAGUUUAGGUUUUAACAACUCCGUUUCUUCAGGAAGUAUUUUAACUGAUGUUAUUUUUUCAAUUCAGAAAACCAGCAAUAUUUUUGAAACGGAUUUUAUUAAUAAAGAAUAUGGUUCUGCUAAUAUUGAAUCAUCUAGUGUUACUAAUAUUUUGCCAUCAGUAGUUACAACUACUUUGGUUGAGACUUUAUCAGACAAUACUAAAACUUUUACGACACAAUAUAUAAGUGUUAAGACAACUAUUAUUGAUUCUGUCACCUCAUCUGACACUACUCGCAGGCAUACUAUCGAUGCUGGAUAUAAAGAAGAAUUAAACAGCGAGCAAUACAGCGAUAAACCUUUAUCCACUCCAAGCUUACAAUCCGCUAAUAGCCAAUAUAUUGAUGAGUAUGCAUCAAUAACACACUUAGCUACCAUGAACCCAAGUGGUAUGCUAACUGAAAAAUUGAAUACUACUCCUACUACCAGAAGACAUACCCUUGGUGAUCAAUAUAUUGAGCAACCAGACAAUGAUGACAAAAGAGCAUGA